AAAUUCUCCCUUUCUCUGUAAUUCAUAAAUCCAUAAAAAUGGAUGAUUCAUUUUUCAGGAUUUUCAACCCUUUUUCUAGAAAAAAAGGUUAAAGGAAUAUACUUAAUCAAAAAUGGGUUGCAAAAUUUUAAAACAUCAUUUAAUGUUAAUUUUGUUAAUUCAAUUGUUUCUUUGGGUUACAUUUGUAAAUGGACAAUUUAUACCAGGACCUCGAACAGGUCACACGGCAACUCUCAUCGGAGAUAAAAUAUAUUUUAUAGGAGGAUAUAAUUUUUCAAUUAAACCUAAAGAAAGUGAUGUAUUUUAUUAUGAUGGAAAUAAACUAGCAUGGGUAGACGUGAAUAGUCAAGUUAGUGGUCAAGAUGCAGAUAUGCCACUUCAAUUUGGACAUACGGCUAAUAUAGGAGGACCUAAACAAGAUUUGAUAUUUAUUAUAGGUGGUGACCGAUUUUCAACAGUAUAUCAACUUGAUACUAAAACAAAUAAAAUUAUUACACCAAUAAUUCUGGGAGAUUUUCCAACUAGGGAUAACUUAAUGUUUAUGAGUUCUGUUAGUUAUAAAGGGCUAAUUUAUUUGUUUGGUGGAAUAGAAAUAGAUAAAACUGGUACUAAUGUUUUUUAUGAUAAUCAUUAUAUUUUUGAUACUAUUAAUUUGAAUUGGAAAGAGGGUGGCCUUACUAAUGUUCCUCCUCCCAGAUAUAAGCAUACAGCAACAUUAGUUGAUGAAAUUAUAUAUUAUAUUGGUGGUAUACAAAUGAAUAAUGCUUAUACUACUUCUUAUGCUUCAAUGUCCAUUAUUUUUCGAUAUAAUACUAUUUCAAAUACAUGGUCUUCAAAGGUAGCUACAGGAAAUACUCCAGGACUUAGAGCUGGCCAUUCAGCUGUUUUAGUUGAAGGCAAAAUUUGUAUAUUUGGAGGCGUUUACCUUGAUUCAUCACCUACAGAAUCAAUUGCUAUGUUGGAUACUAACAACUUAGAAUGGUCAAUACCAUCUUUUAAAAAUCCAAGGAGACCAAAUAUGCCAACUUUACCAAACCUAGUUUAUCAUACUGCCACAUUAGUAGAUAAGCGUAUGUUCGUUGCUUUCGGAAAUGAUACGGAUAAAUCGGCUAAUGCGGUUACUAGUGGAUAUAAAGGAUUAAAUACUGAUUUUUAUAUAUUUGACUUUAAUAAUUUUGAAUGGUACAUUGCAUCGGCAGAUGAACUUACGAAUCCAUCUUCUAAUAUCCCAAAGUUAUUUCCUUCCAGUGCAGGAAUGCCAUCGAGUAAAUUAGCAAUUAUUGGUUUAUCAGUUGGAAUAGUGCUAAGUAUAUUGGCAGUAGUCGGAAUAUUAGUAUUUGUAUAUUAUAAACGUAAGAAAAAUCAAAGUGAAGGUGAUGUCGGUUAUCCAGAAGAUGAUUCAAAUAUUUCUUAUGAUAAAAUGUCAUUAAGUCAACGAUCAACUUUAUAUUCAAGUCGACCAUCAAUGCAAUAUCAAUUUACAAAACAAUUUACACCAGAACAACGUAUCUCAAAUAAUAAUAAUUUAACUCAGCCUCAAGAUAAUCUCAGUCAAGAAUUUUUUAUUUUACAAAUUCCAUCAGAUGGUGAUAGAUUUUCUAAUCAUUCUUCUAAUUAUUAUCCCGGAAUUGGAACUGAUCCUCAUUCUCGAAGAAGUGAAGUUUCUCCACCCCCUCCCCCUUUAACUUAUCCUUAUUCUCAAAGAAAUGAAGCUCCUCUCCCCUCUCCCCCUUCAACUGAUCCUCAUUCUCAAAGAAAUGAAGUUCCUCUCUCCCCUCCCCCUUCAACUGAUCCUCAUUCUCAAGGAAGUGAAGCUGUUCUCCCCUCUCCCCCUUCAACUGAUCCUCAUUCUCAAGGAAGUGAAGCUUCUCUCCCCCCUCCCCCUUCAACUGAUCCUCAUUCUCAAGAUUCUCAAGGAAGUGAAGCUCCUCUCUCUCCUCCCCCUUUAACUGAUCCUUAUUCUCAAGGAAGUGAAGCUCUUCUCCCUUCUCCCCCUCCCCCUCAGACUCCAUAAACUUUAUAAAUAUUACGUAAAAACUUACUUAUUAUUACAUUAACAUGGUAUAAACAUUUUAAACUUCAUAAUAGACAAUUACUGCUUUAAGUAAUCAAGCAAUCUUUAUAAUAUGAUAUGACAUUCGUAUACUGUACCUAUAAUUCUGUUUUCAUUAA